AUGAAUCUCAUCAGGUCCUUGUGUCUCGCAGUAGCACUUUCGCUGGCUCCUCCAGCUGCAGCAUGGGUAUCCCCCUAUGCGGGAGCAGGAAGAGCAUCAACAUCAUCAAGGCUCCAAAUGGCCAUUGACUACAACGAUCCCGUCGUGGCGGAAGAAUUUACCCAGGUCCAACCAAUGGCCUUUGAAGAUGUCGAAGAAGAAUUGAUGAAGUCAGGGAUUCGAGUACCACCUACCAUGAAUGAUAUGGAAGCCAAGCUCAUGUUGGUGGAAAUGAGGUUGAGAUUCUCGGGAAAGCUCGGAGGAAGACCAGAAAAGAAACGACCCGACAAAUUCUCUUCCAAAUUCGAAGAAGCCAUCUGGACCAAACCUGCAUUUGAUGAAUUCUAUGACACGUUGAAGGCUAACGGGGAUCCCAAUGCUCUCAAUGUGGUUGCUGAAUAUGUAAAUAGCCCAGAUGUUGCCCUGCAACGAUAUGGAAAGGAUUACAGAGGACUUAUCCGUCAAGCGGAACAAGCACUCACCGCACCUCCACCUGUCAAAUCCAGCAAGCUCGCAUUCAGUGGUUUCCCGGCCAACAUGGGAGAGGAUGCUUGUCGAAUGACAUUGGAGGCGCUUGGAGAAGUCGUGGAAUUUGACUGCGCACCAGACGAAGAUUUCCCCAUUCUUACUGGAACUAUCGAAUAUGCGGAUAUCGAAUCCGCCAAGGCUGCUGUGGCGCAAUACAAUGGAAUGGAUAUGGGCAUGGGUACGGCACUCAGUCUCAAGUCUGUAUAA